UGUUUUCUCAAUCUUACCUUGGUACAAUCUUUGUUUCUGUCGUAGGUGUAAGUAGUAAUUUUAUAUACAAAGUGUGCGGGUUAAAGUAUUUCCGAAGGAAGAGGUAUUUUUACGGCGUCAAAAUUUGUCGAAAAAAAGGAGAGAAGGCAAUGCCUGUGAACCACACCAGUACCACUCCAUUGGAGGAUAUGUCCACGACGAGAGCUGUUAAUGCAAAUAAUCAGUGUUUGAAGGUGUUUAUACAGCGGGAUUAUAACGAAGGAACACUUGUAAAGUUCCAGACACGCUUUCCACAAGAACUUGAAGAUCGGAUUGAUCGACAGGCAUUUGAAUACACGGUUAAUCAGUUGAAUGCCAUAUAUGCUGAAGCUGAGAAAGCUGGAUGCAGUACAUAUUGUAAAGGAUGCAUGGCUUGUCUUACAGCGUACCUUAUUUACAUUUGCACAGAAACACAUUAUGAAAAGUGUCUCCGGAAAGUUGCAAAGUUUAUUGCAGAACAAAAUGAACGUGUUUAUGCUCCACGUGGGCUUCUUAUAACUGAUCCUUCUGAAAGAGGAUUGAGAGUUAUAGAGAUUUCCAUACUGAAUGAGCCAGCAGCGACCAGAACGUGACUUUCCCUUUCGGAGUCAACAGAAGAAUUUUUUAUGUGACUGUUCAUUCUCUUUAAUUGGUGAGCGCAUUGGAAGCUAGUGCAGUGUUUGACUCCGAGGUGUGAUAUUCUGGCACUGGAUAGGAUGCCACAACGUUGUUCCGUUGUGGGUGGUGGGUUUGUUCCUUGAAAGCUUGCUUUAGCUUGGUGCAGAAAGUGAAGCUCAGAUGUGCAUACUUUGCUAAGAAGCUGGUUAUGAGAUUUAAAUUUGCAUCACUGGCAAUUACUCCUAAGUAUAUGCAAAACAUUAUUCUUAUUUGUUAAACUAUGUAAGCAUACAGUUAUCAUUAUUAUACCAUUCUUUUUAUAUUAUUUGUUUAUGUAAAGAUAUUUGUGCAAUAUCUCUGUAGAUAAAAAAUAAUUUUUUUGUUCUUUUAAUAUUUCCAGGUGCCACAAUUUUCCUAUUAAAUCAUAUGACCACAGUUUAUGUGCUAAAAAAUAUUAUAUUAUUAUGACUGAUCAUGACAACAAUGUUGCUUAUUUAUAUAUAAUAAUUAUUUGAAGACAGCAGUAUGUUACACAGUAAAAAUAGAAUUUUAUGCUGUCAUUUUUUUCUAUACUUUAAACAACUAUAAAGGAUUUAAUGUUUCUUUAUUCACAGUUAGUAUGUCCUCAUAUUAAAUAGCCAGUUACUCAUAUAAUUUAAUGAUAGGAGAGAAAAGCCGAAUAAAAUGUGAGUAAAUGACAGACAACUCGGUUAGUUUUUAAGGUUGAUAAUAAGAAUCAACAGGCCAGGCCAUAAACACUCUUGGUGUCACAAACUGUAUCUUCAGGGAAAACACAAAAAAGUAGAGUGAGAUUUGUGAUGUUGAGUUAAUGAGGUGGCAAUAUUUUGCUGCUUUAUACAGUUUGGACCUUUCUAUAGCCUUAUUCUUAAUGUAGCAGAACUAGUUACAGAUUAUUUUAAGUCAUGAAGUUCAUCUAAUAUUUCACAAUUGGACUGGCACCUGGGGAUAAAGUUAAUAUUUGCUUCAAAGGAUAAGUAUAUGUCUUCCUGUUUAGAAGCCAUUGUAUGUUCAGUUGAUUUGUGGGAAUGAGAACAUAAUUUAUUCAUAUAUCGAGUGAGUGGGUGAACAUGUCUGAGGCAGAGAAUUAUGUGAAAUGAUAUUUGGGAGGUACUAAGGGAGGCAAGCAGAUAAACCUUGGAGAUUUACUUGUUAGUGGUUUGUGUCUGAUGAAAUAAUACUUUGAUUCAUCAUUUUUUUAUGUGGCUGCCAGACAAGUUGCCACAUUACGAGAAGGUUUACAUGGUUUUGUCUAACAUUUUGAAUGUUUGAGGCUGUCGUUUUUAUGUUUGGGUACUAGUGAUCAGUCAAGCUCCAUUCUUUAUGUGUGCGACUAAGCAAGGUGGUGUAUUAGUUAGUGCAAUUAGGAGUAGUGUGGUUGAAACUCCUGUCCUGCCAUCCUGAUUUAGGUUUUCCGUGGUUUUAUCAAAGCAUUGAAGGUGGAUGCUGACAGGAGCCUUUGAAAUAGGCCAUUUACUUUCCGCAUCCUUGCCCUACCCUAUCAUGAGCCUUUUAUGUAAUGACUUUGUUGUUGAUUGGGGUAAGCCCUAAUUUUAUUUCCUUUUUAUUUCUGUGUAUUUAAUUAAAAUAGUUUUAUAAAAGCAUUUCUUGUAUGUCAUGGGAACUGUACUAUUACACUUUAUUCAAGAAUGAAAAUGUAGAAACUCUCAAACUGUAAUAUUGAGCAAAAUGAAUAUGUUCUGAAAAGAAGUAGCAGUUGGUUUGUAUCUGUGAAAAGCCAAGCAUUUAUAUUUCAGGUGACAACGUUCCCAUGUGUAUUUGUGUAGAUAGUGGAUUUAGUCAAUUUCCGUGUGUACUUAAAGUUUCACAUUUUGGUUGCAUCCUUUCACGUUCUUGUGUAUUUCAUUAGUUGUGCUAAUGUGCAGAAAGAUGUGUAAAAGUUAAAAUUAUUAUACUGCAUUUAAUGCUAAGUGUUUGUGGUACUUCAGAUGACUAAACGAGGAAAGGUGUGUAUUCAUUGAUGUCCUGGUUUGUGUCACUUGUAAGCAGAUCAUCUACUUUUCUAACUUGUCUUUGUUUAAAUAUAUGUAAAACUACUAAAAAAAAAUAAAGUGAAAACUACUGCCUAUAAA